AUGGCUCCGAGUCGGACGUCAACUACGAAGAUCGUCCCAUCAAAAGAUCAAGGGCAAAUACGGCGUGGAGUCGUUCAUGAAAAAAGAAGUGACUCGGUUUCGGAAGCCGCUUCACAGGAUGACGAUGAUAUUAGCGUGAUUUCCGGCCAAUACGACCGAAACUCGGACAUUGAAGAUAUUCCUCGCUCGCAAUCACGGCCAACAGCCCCUGUCACUCAGCGUGCUCCGCCUGCUCGAGGAAUCCAAUUUGAUCAUUUAAAGCCGACGACGUCGAUGAUUCGGACCGCUCCUUCAGGACAGGAGCUCCAUGACGAAGUACAAUGGCGAGGCAUGGAACCAAUUCAGCCAGUUCAAAGUCCAGAGAAGCCGGAAAAUACAUCCUUGAGGUUGAGGUUAGACCUCAACCUUGACAUUGAGGUCGAGUUGAAGGCUAGUAUUCGGGGUGAUCUGACUCUUUCUCUAUUGUGA